UGCACUUCUUCGCUCGCGACCACUCUGUUGAGCAUGACUGGCUUUGCAGACUUGGCAUACCACCUGACAAUUACCUGAUUGUCGCAGCCUAUAUGCUGCAUCGGCAGUAGCAUAAUCUCCUGUUGCGCCUUGCUCCGACGAUACUCGCAACUCCCCAAUCCGCAGUUUCCCAGUGAAGCUUCCAUUGCGCCGCCCGUCAUUGCCACACGCUUGUGCGCCCAGUACUGGACCUCUUCGCAUGAGGCUGCACGACGACCGUUAAUCUGCGCCAACCGGUUGUAGUACACACCCAUUACCAAUUACCCGCUUACCUUCCGUCUACGCCAUGGGCCGGUCAAUGAUACCUCCGGCGCUCAACGAGCUCUCGAACCCUAGUACACCCGAGGCACAGGUCACAGCACUCCAGAACCUCAAAAACGAGAUAGUAGGGCAUGAGCAGAGGAAAGAACUAGCAGUGACACAUGGCGUUGUGAAACCACUGGCGGGUCUGCUACGGGCAGAAGCUAGGAAGGGUAGGAAGAGGAGGAGGAAUGUCACGAAUGGACACAGCUCCGGGCUCUUCAACGAUUCGAGGAAGGACAUGGAAGAAUGGACUACCGAGGAUGAGUUGAGAUUUCAGGCCACGCUCGUCGUCGGCAGCCUUGCGAAUGGCGGUCCAGCAUUUGUCGCCCCACUUCUAGCAGGUCAUGUCCUCCCUCCACUGCUCGAAGCGCUGAGGCCCAGCGAGACGCCCUCGAAACUCGUUACCACGACCCUCAAGACCCUCAAUCAGAUCAUUGACGCCGUCAACCAGGAGAAACCUUGGCUCGACACGUCCGACUCAUCCUCCCGGUCAUCUCUCGCUUUUGCCGUUAACGAGUCGAUAUACACCAGGUCUGUCAUUGACAGCCUCGCCGAGAUAUUGGCGCAACCAGCUGGGACGAUGAAGGCCAAUCAGCAGAUUGAGGCGACGAUCCGGCUCAUCAUGAAGACGUGCAUAGAAGACAACCAGAAGAAGAUGCUAGUGGAUUCAGGAAUACUGGAUCUUUUGGCUGACAAGCUUGCUACUGUCGCUGCCAUGGACGAUCGGAUCCCCGCAACAGAGUGGAAGCAGUCGAAUCGCGAGCGGCUUCCCCGUGCCUGUCUGCCAGAUAUUCUGGAGGCAAUCUCGGCUGUCAUCAAGGACUCACACUUUUACACUGCUCGGUUUCUCUACUCACACUCAAUACAGCAACUCUUCGGAUGGCCGAAGGAACGCGCCUCAGCGUUAGACGCAAGUAAUACAUCACAGGCGGCAUCCUGGGACAAAUUAAUUCCGCGGGUACAGACAAUGGCGAGCAAAUCAGAUCCGUACAUCAAACAAUGGCCGGCUCUUGGUGCCUACGCCUCUGCCGCUGGGGACAGUUAUUCUCGUCUGCCAAGUAUGGAGUCGUUACAGCAGACUUCAAGUAGAAGUGUCAUCACUGACGAAUCUGAGUCGCCGUUGUUCAUAUGGCUCAUGUACGUGGCCCGUCGAGGCGAAGGACGAGAGCGUCUUUCUGCUUGUUGGUUACUAGCGUUGUUGAAGAAAUUUGGCGAGCGAUGGCCUUUGAACGACCCUUCGAAGACCACAAGGGAAAGGCACUUCUCGUAUCUGAUUAUCCCGUUGGUGGAAAAGAUGAUUGAAGACUCAAGUCCGACAUCGGAGCAGACCAAGAAGGCGAGUACACUUAGUCCUGCGGCAAAAGACGAGUUGCGCUUUGUGUUGGAACGCUCACCAGUUGUGCUUGCUGAGCUUGUUGCUGGGAACAAGUCUCUUCAGACAGCGGCUGUCCAUACCCGGACCCUACCGACGCUCAUUCAGAUUCUCAAGAAGUCGUUCGAUGUGCCUGCUACGUCUUCGAAGCCCUUAUGGCAACCACGGUCAUCAUCUAACGAAGUUAGAGAUCCAAGUAUUGACCCUGCGUCAUCGACACUAGGUAGAUCCGGACUAAGUGCGGAUUUGUUGCAUGCUUUCAGAUAUCGAGAGAGCGUUCUCCUGGCCUUGGCGGCAAUAGCAGGAGAUCAAGAUUCUUUAAGGAAGAUGGUCAUUGAGAUGGGCGCUGCAACGCACAUCAUCGAAGCUCUGGUCCCGUACCGAGAAACCAAUGAGCAAGGGGCAUCCUCUUCAGCAAAGGAUGGCAACCCUGAUGCGGUACUAAUUGCUGCUUGCAAAGUUACACGGUCGCUUUCAAGGUCUGUCAGUGUACUCAGAACCAGCUUGAUCGAUCACGGUGUUGCACAGCCAAUUUUCGAGCUCUUGACGCAUCCGAACGUCAAAGUGCAGAUUGCUGCUACCGAGGUCAUAACAAAUUUGGUACUGGAUGUGUCUCCCAUGCGAACUGAGAUUCUUGAAUCUGGAGUAUUGGGAACUCUGUGCGAGCAAUGUCGAUCAGCAAACUUUGACCUUCGUUUCGGCAGCCUUUGGGCACUUAAGCACUUGUGUCUGGGUCUGCCACAUGCUAUGAAGAUACAGUGUCUCGAAGAGCUCGGUGUAGGCUGGCUCGUGCAGGUACUCAACGGGGAGCCAUCCAAGCCUGCUAUGGGAACACCCAAUGCAGCUGGGGAACAGGUCGAUAUUCUCAACGCUGUCGACGAGCCUCACAUGGAUGUGGAUGACGAGCCAUCAUCGGAAAAUGAUGAUGACGAUGCCAUGACUGAGAGCAUACCGUCUAUGCGACGACAUCAACGUCCUGGAUCUCGAUACACGAGUGCAACGAACAUCCGAGAUCGAUUACAGCAAAUUAAGAAUGAUGAACAGGAUCAUCGGCUGAACAGUGAGCGCGAUGACAUACGCAUACAAGAGCAAGCGCUCGACUUCAUUCGGAACUUCGUCUCCGAAGACAAAGCCUCUGGUGAAAUGAUUGAUCACCUCCUCAAGACGUUUGGCCACAGCCGGUUCUUUGAAAUUCUCGAUGCUAAGAUCCGGCCGAAACACUCUUCCUUGUCCACAUCAUCGUCCCAGAGUCAAACCAGUCCUAGUGCUCCCAGUUACUGGCCAAGCAACAGCCACCGUACACCCUUUUCUUCUUCCACGAACAACCCAGGGCAAUCGAACUGGGCUACAUAUCCUGCCACCGAACUCAUUCUUGCUGCCGUAUAUAUACUCGUACACCUCGCCAAUGGCCGACCUCAACACCGCUCCCUCCUUAUUUCACAGACCACACUCAUGCAACAUGUUCUUCCUCUUUUCGCGCAUCCUCGUCGCGAUGUUCGCGUAGCUUGCUCGUGGAUGUUGCAUAAUCUUGUUUGGGUAGAAGACCACACCGACGAAGCUGCGACGCGCGAACGGGCUAUCAGUCUCCGCCAACUAGGUUUCGAGGAAGGUGCCAAGCAGCUGGGACGUGACGUCGACACUGAUGUCAAACAACGUGCUAUUGUAAGUAUUGAGCAAUUUGACAAGCUGCUCAACGGUGGCAGUGGUCAUGGACGAGGUGGUGGCUUCGGCAGCCCUAGCGGAUUCGGUGGUGGAGAGGGCGGGGUUGGUGGACUUGCAGGUAUGGGUGGGCGCUUGUCAGCGAUGCAUGGCUGGAGACACGAUUCUAGGGGUUGAUUGUUUGGUAAGAGUGUAAUAAGUGGGGAGUAUAUGGGGGCUAAUUCUUCGGGUGCAUUUUGGGCGUAUGUUCUUUCAGCUUUAGCCUAUGUGUUAGUUGUAUGAUUGGGAUCGAGGAAACAAGGAUAUGGCAUUGUUUCUAGCAAGCAAAAUAACGACUAUUCUUAUACG